UAUUUAUAGUAGCUACAUUCAAACAGGGGAGCACAGACAAACUCAGAAGGUUGGCCCAGAACAGCUAAAUUCUACAGCCUUCUAUUUUAGUGAAAUGGUAUGGGCAAGCAACCUCAUUAGACGCUAGUGAGUAGAUAGCAUCGUCUUUAAGGUAUAAUUUCCCUCCUGCAGUGAUGUGGAAAUAAGAGAUUAUUUCACUCUUGAGCGUUUUAGUGAAUAGAGAAAUCACCCCGUCGAGUAAACUAAUAUCGUGUUAAUUUAUUAAACCACUAUCUAUAGUAACAGGAAAUGGCGUAUCUCAGUAUUUUGUCUGAAAGACAUCCGUUAUAUCUACCAGACUAUCGCGAAUGUUGAAUAGGAAUUGUAUUUCUUUCUGCGCGGGUGUGUGUGUCUGUCUAUGCGCGAGCGCGCUCUCCUUCAGAGGUAUUCGUGACUCCGGAGCUGUCCCUUUCAGUACCACGGAGGUGUUAAAACCAUUCUGGGGGGAAGCGGUCAGCCUACGUGUUGCUGCGCAGCAACAGACAGCGCAUGGUAUGCGAGGGAGUCCCUCCACCGAGGACAGCCGAGGAGAACGUGACACUGUAAAAUGCCUUUCAAUAACUGUGAGGUUACAUUAUGCCAAUCACGAGGGAAUGGGCUCAAUGAACCGCUCUUAACAUCUGACGAAAACAACGCGGUGGAUGCCGGGCGGGAACCCCGUCUUUCAGGAGACAAUGCAUGCCAGACAUUGAAGCACCUCACUUACUACAAACUGGAGGCACUGUGAGACAUUUCUGUAGCCUCAACUUGUCUGUAGGAUUUUCAGCAUUAUCGUCCAUGGAGUUUCGAGUGCAAUUUGGCAGAAAACAAGGAAACCUUGAAACUGACAUUGCUUCCUGACCUGUUACCUACGCCACAAGUGACCGCAUCACCCUCCAGACAUGACUGGCCAGAGUCUCGAGGACCUGAGCGGGGCAAACAUUGAGGAAAAUGUCAUACGUAUUAACGUUGGAGGGUUCAAAAAACGUCUCCUGUCCAAUAUGCUGUCACGGUUCCCAGAGACGCGACUGGCACGUUUGCUUCGAUGCCAGUCAAAAGAUGCAAUUCUGGAAUUGUGCGAUGACUAUGAUGACGCCGAUAAAGAGUUUUACUUCGACAGAAACCCGGCGCUUUUCCCAUAUGUUUUGAAUUUCUACAACACUGGGCGGUUACAUGUUAUGGCAGAACUCUGUAUUUUUUCAUUCAGUCAAGAAAUAGAAUACUGGGGCAUCAACGAGUUCUUCAUUGACUCCUGUUGCAGCAACGCAUAUCACUGCCGUAUAAUGGAACCAAACCGUAACGAAUGGGAUGACAAGAGCGAAGAGGGGAGCACUGCAUCCUCCUUUGACGAGAUUUUAGAAUUCUACAAUGAUGCCACUAAGUUUGACAAGCAGCCAUUAGGGAGUGUUAGGCGGAGACUCUGGCUGAUGCUAGACAACCCUGGGUACUCCAUUCCCAGUCGAAUCAUCAGCGUGUUUUCCAUACUUGUAGUGUUGGGAUCCAUUGUCACCAUGUGUAUGAACAGUAUGGCUGAGUUUGUUUUACUUGAUAGUGACGGGCAGCCUCUGGAAGAUCCUCGCUUUGAGAUUGUGGAGCUCUUUGGAAUUGGGUGGUUCACGUUUGAGCUUCUCGCCAGGAUUGCCGUGGCUCCAGAUCUUAUACAGUUCUUUAAGCACCCGCUGAAUCUGAUUGAUCUCGUGUCCAUUUUGCCUUUUUACCUCACGCUUGUCAUCAACCUGGUGGCUGAGAGCAGCCCGGCUCUGGCCAACCUGGGACGCGUGGCUCAGGUGCUGAGGCUGAUGAGGAUUUUCCGCAUUCUGAAGCUCGCGCGCCAUUCCACCGGGCUGCGCUCUCUGGGUGCCACUCUUAAGAACAGUUACAAAGAGGUUGGUCUCCUGCUGUUGUACCUCGCAGUGGGGGUGUCUUUUUUCUCGGUGAUGGCUUACACCGUUGAGAAGGAGGACAAUGAUGACCUCACCACCAUUCCCGCGUGCUGGUGGUGGGCGACGGUGAGCAUGACGACCGUGGGAUAUGGUGACGUCGUGCCUGUCUCCGUAGCCGGCAAGCUCACCGCAUCGGCCUGCAUCCUUGCAGGCAUUCUGGUCGUCGUGCUUCCGAUCACGCUCAUAUUCAACAAAUUCUCUCUUUUCUACAAGAGACAGAAACAACUGGAGGUUGCAAUGAGGAGCUGCGACUUUGACGAGGACAUUAAAGAAGUUCCCUCUGUCAACCUGAGAAAUUAUUACGCACACAAGGUGAAAUCCCUGAUGGCAAGCCUGUCAAACAUGAGCCGGAGCUCACCGAGUGAGCACAGUCUUACGGAGUCACUCCACUGACUUAUACCCUAGGCUUUGCAUAGGAGAAGUUGUUCGAAGGAACUGAAACUGCUUAAACGCUACACGCAUACUGACACAACACUGCAUGAAAACCUAUAACUUCCAUCGGCUACGCGAAAAAAAUCGGUGACCAUCACGAAAGUUACACUGAUGUGCUUUAAACUAUACAACCAGUGUUUUCCGUGUCUGUAAAAUCAAGUGCGUCUCGAUGUGUUUCCUGAUUAGAAGUCUUUUCAAAGAAACCUGUAGCAUGGAAGGCGAGAAUCCUGUGAGGGUGGUAUUAGGGGAAAAACAUAGUGGCCUGAGCUGUCCUAUAAAUGUGCUUUAAAUCUCGUGACUCGUCUUAUAUGACACUUUAACACAUAUCCUACCCAGACGUCCAAACAGUUUAAAUGUGAAAUAGUUGUUACCGACUUGUAGUAGACUUAAUUAGAUACUGUUUAGGCAAGAUAUUAUGUCAAUAAAGGUACACAUUUGUAUGUACUCCUUUUUGUAGACCUGUUCUGUUUCUUUGUGAAACUCUUAUGUAUCUGAAUAACUUUGCCUAUUUUUGUGUCAAUAUAGAUCUGCUAAAUUCUAUUUGAAUAACUGAUGAGUCAAAAUAACAAUGUUCAUUUUUAGAAAACCUUGAACUCUUGUCUAUUGGACUGUUAUGUAUGUGACAUUCACAAGUCGUCCAUUUGUCCAGUGAUUGUGGUUGGACAUUAUUGAAGGUGAGUAUGCAAAGAGGAUUAUGCCUGUGGUGACUACUUCACUAAUUGCUUGUCAUGUCACACUGCAGCAUCACUGCUACUGGCUUGCCUGAAUAAAUGGUCUUUGGCAUAGAAACCAAACCCCUUACUGUUA